UACUAUAUAUAUUUCGAUAUACGUAAUAAUAGAAGAGGAAUCUCCGUUGCAAAGGAAAAAGUGGCUUUUUCGUUCUACUAUUCAAACCGUAUCUUGUUUGGCGCCAAAUUUUCCUAUUUGGGACUGCCAAAACGGGUAAUUUUCUACAUUCUAGCCUAUUGUAGACAGAUACGCCGCGCCUUCCUCGCUUGCGGCGUUGGAGUAGGCCCAUAG